AUGUCCGCAACGACCACUCUCAAACGUUCGUAUGACACCUUCGUUAGUGAGGAUGAGAAUAGCCGCCGUUUACUUCAUGACUACAACAUGAGUUGCGGUGCCAAACCAUUUUGUUUUGGAUCAUCCGCAACACUAGAUUUUACAAGUCAACAACAAGGAGAGUCUUCUUCAUCAGCGUCGUCGUCGUCGUCUUCACUGGAUGCGGACACGAUUAGGCAAUCAAUGAAAAAACGACGAGAACGAUUAUUGUAUUCAAAAACUCAACCCAAAACAACGCAUACCUAUGUUACCAGAGAGGAAUCUAAAAAGCCUUCUGUUCAAGAAUUCAUUUCUUCCUAUUUGAAAGAAAAACGCAAGUUUUACUACAACAUUUUCCUGAUCAAAAGUCCAACAUUGAUUUUAAUCAAAAUACGUUCACAAUGGAGGAAGUUGAACAAUUAUUGA